GGUUAACAUGAGAGGAAAGAAGGAAUUAUUCAUGCUGAUCACAGGCGUCGGGUUGUUCAUAUUUGACCUGGUCACAGACACCGUUGUAGCUGCACGGUAUGGGCUUAAAGGCGAAUAUUGGUGGUUUGGUUUGACGUUAUUUUUUAUUAUCGUUCCUCUUUUCAUCAUCAGUUUUAUGGCUUCCGUUAACUCAAAUAAUGGUUUUUAUGUAAGCUUAUGUUUAUGGUUUGUAUGCUCGUCCAUAUUUGUGCGUUAUAUUGAAGAGUACAAAUAUUGGAAGCAAACAUAUCGGGAUAAUACCCCUUGUGGAGACAACUAUAAGAAAUGCAAUUGUCCAAAUUGCGAACAGUACCGCGUGAAGUUAACGGAGUCUAACAAGUCAGCAUACAAGCUCGCGUGGACACGUUAUGUAGAGACACUUACAGAGUCUACUCCACAAUGGUGUCUACAGAUUUACAUCAUGUUACGUCAGUGGGAUUUUCCAUGGUUAACCGUGCUCUCAGCCGUGAUUUCCUUGCUUUCUUUAGCAUGGAGUAUUACCGCUCUUGAGAAAGCGAGAGUAAAUAAAAAUAGCCAUAAUUUCACACUGCCAGCCACGGUUGUAUUUUUCACUUCUCAAUUGUUUAGUUUGCUAUCCAGACUUUUUGCAAUUGCAGCAUUCGCAUACGUCUUUAAGGAACAUGUGUUCACAGCACUGGCGGUUCAUUGGCUGAUUGUGCAUGUUGUCGUAUGGUUGAAGGACGAGGACUAUGAUGGAUGCAGGUGUGAUGAAAGCAAGUGCGCUGUAGUAGUACUGUUUUUUGUAUACAUCAUUGCCAGCUUUCCGUUCUUGUUACACGUGGCAGAUAUGUUAACAAAAAACUUUUCAAAUCCACGCACUGGCCAUUUUGUGUUGUACAGUUUAUUAUCCGUAGAGAACGUUUUGCUCGCAAUCUUGGCGGUGACAAUACCAACACCUGAUGUGAAACAUAUGAGUGUACUGAGACCAAUUGUGCUGUCGUUGGUUAUAAUAGGCGUGGUCCUAGGUACCAUUUUUCACAUAGUAUAUAACAAGCACCUCAAACCGACAGAAGAACCACACAAAUCAGACGAAGAAGAACCACUCAAAUCAGACGAAGAAGAAUCACACAAAUCAAACGAAGAAGAACCACACAAAUCAAACGAAGAAGAACCACACAAAUCAAACGAAGAAGAACCACACAAAUCAAACGAAGAAGAACCACACAAAUCAAACGAAGAAGAACCACACAAAUCAAACGAAGAAGAACCACACAAAUCAAACGAAGAAGUACCACACAAAUCAAACGAAGAAGAACCACAUAAAUCAAACGAGGAAGAACCACACAAAUCAAACGAAGAAGAACCACACAAAUCAAACGAAGAAGAACCACACAAAUCAAACGAAGAAGAACCACACAAAUCAAACGAAGACGAAAACGUGUAAUACAACAUACUAGCAAUGGAAUGAUAUCUGGAAAAAACAACUUUGAACAUCUCUGCAUGCAGAAAUCAUAUGUUGCUAUGAGAAUUAACAAUGCUGUAUUUAUCAUUUAUAGACCCGGAGCGAGGGGGAUUCGGCGUAAUAUUUCCCGAAGUGAUGAUAUUUUCCGAGGUGCUUUGCUGAGGGAAAUAGCGCCGAAUCCCCCGAGCGGAGGGUCUAUAAAUGAUAUAUUAUACCGAAAGUUAAAGAACUCACUAAGUUUAGAAUAAACUUUAAAACUUGCUGAAUAUUAACUACGCCAAUACAAUUUUUAAUUUCUUAUGUAUACCGGAGUUUUUGACGUUUUCUCUUUAAAAUAUUUAAGCAUGUAUCCUUUGGAUCAUUAAAGGUAACAUACGUCUUGAAAAUGUUUUGUUAAAUCAAAUCUUCUGUACGAAAAUACGAAAUUACAAACAACAGCUCGCGAACGCCAUAUUGUUUCAGAGCGUGGUGUCCACGCGUCACGCGUGAGCAUGGG